AUGGCUCAUAACAAUCCUUCAAGCACCUCACGUUAGCGUGUAUGUCAAUCUUGUCUAGCCUUUUCUGUUUUGUAAAAAAAUUAGUGGAGUUACAUUUCUCACCUUACAGAAUCAACCACAUAAUUUUUUACUACUUUAAUUAGUGGCAAUCAUGUCAUAAUGUUUGAAACUGUAGAGCAUUCUUAUAUAAAUAUGGCUCUGCCUUUGCAAAACUUCUUAGGAAUUUUCAGAUAUUGAGCUUUCUGAAGAUGUGUCAGGGAAACCAGCGAAGUAGUUUCAGCUGCGAAGAGGGUGAUUCGACACCUCAAACAACAUCUGAUUCUGUGGAUUGUGAACUUUGUGGUUCACGGGCUUCAUUGUAUUGCCAAGCUGAUGAUGCAUUUCUAUGUAGAAAAUGUGACCUAUGGGUUCAUGGUGCUAAUUUCUUAGCUCGCAGGCACAUAAGGUGCUUGAUCUGCAACAAAUGCCAGAAUCUCACUCAACGAUAUCUCAUCGGAGCCUCGGCCGAGGUUGUGCUUCCAACCAUUGUGAGUUUGAAAGAGGAAAGGCAUUGCAUUUCAGAGCUUGAAGAAAACAAGUCAUCGAGAAUGCUUAAAACACCUUUCCUGCUUCUUUAAUAACUAUCUCUCUUUCCUUUUGGGGUUUAUCUACCGGAUUCUUUAUUGUUAAUUAGUGAAGAGUUUGUAUCUAUGAAUUAGCAUAUAUGGAAGGAAAAUGAAGAAAGGGAAUGAAUGAAGAUAUAGACAAGGAUAUUGUGUUUCUUGAUUUGUCUCCAUGAGAUCCUCAGCGCUUCAUGUAAAGUUGCUAGUUCAAGCCUAUUUGUUCUCUCUGUUGUACCAUCUAACACUUCAAUUUUCCUUUGUAUGAAUCUUAUACGGUUGCCAAUUAAACCAGAAUUUGUCCCAA